UCUCAAGUCCUCAACCGAUUCCCAGAAAAACUCUCUUCUCUUCCCUCCUAAUCAUCACACCUUCAACUUCCGUUUUGAAUACUCAAACUCGGUUUCCCUUCCUUUCUUUUCAUUCUUCAACACAAGAAAAAACAGAGAUGGCAAAAUUCACCACCAGAUUAGAUAACAUUUGUUUUCUUCCUCAUAACGCCAGCACUUCCCAAAGUUCGAUUUUUUUGAGCAGAACUUCCCGGAAGAAUCUUCACUUGGAGUUAAUUCCUUCAAAGCAUCGAUUGAAUUUCAAAGUUUUAUGUAAUAUCAAGGAGAAAGAGAAUGUUAAAGACGAGAGAGAAAAGGCUGGUGCUAGCAGUGGUGGGUUAGUAAAUGGGGUACGUGUCGAGGAGCUGGACAAAAAAGCAGGUUUGGGUCGGGAAAGUGCGUCAAGAGAAGCUGGUUUUGAUUUGGUUUGGCCUCCAUGGAAGAAUAUUCCUCAGAGAUAUAAGCUCAUCGGUACCACUUCACUUGCCUUUGUUAUUUGCAACAUGGAUAAGGUGAACUUGAGUGUUGCUAUAAUUCCAAUGUCACAUCAGUUCGGGUGGAAUUCAUCAGUAGCUGGAUUAGUGCAAUCAUCGUUCUUCUGGGGUUAUGCAUUGAGUCAGUUGCCAGGGGGUUGGCUUUCAAAGCUUUUUGGUGGAAGAAAAGUUCUUAAGAUUGGAGUAUUGGCUUGGUCCUUGUCUACAGCACUUGUUCCUGUUCUUGCUGGAUUCAUGCCUGGACUACUCUUGUCAAGGAUUUUGGUCGGUAUAGGAGAAGGUGUUUCUCCAUCAGCUGCAACUGACCUUAUUGCCAGAUCAAUACCUUUGGAAGAAAGGUCCAGGGCUGUAUCAUUUGUCUUUGGUGGGUUAAGUGUGGGAAGUGUUAUAGGGCUCCUUGUAGCUCCUACACUUAUCCAGAACUUUGGGUGGGAAUCCGUAUUUUAUAUAUUUGGCUUACUGGGGAUGUGGUGGUAUUUUGGAUUUCAUUUUCUAGGAGAAGACCGAGCUUUAAAUGCAGUUGAAGUUGAGCAUGUUGCACCAUUACGAUCUGCUAAUCAGCACAAGUCAUGGAAUGAUUCUCUAAAAGAAUUAGAUGAGAUGAAAAAUUCAUGGAAUAGCACCCUAGAAGAGUUGCGUGUCUCAUCGAAGGAUGUACCAUGGAAGGCUUUUUUCCGAAGUCCAGCUGUAUGGGCUAUGAUAUAUGCUCAUUUUUGCGGAAGUUGGGGUCAUUUUACUUGUUUAUCUUGGCUUCCUACCUUUUUUAGUGAGGAGCUGGAUCUGAAUUUGAGAGAAGCUGCAUGGGUUUCAAUCCUUCCUCCCCUGGCUUCCGUUUUUGUGACAAGCAUAGCUGCACAGUUUGCUGACAAUUUAAUCACAAAUGGAGUUCAGGCCACUACGGUGAGAAAGAUCUGCCAAGCAAUUUCCUUUUUGUCUCCUGCAACUUGCAUGAUUCUAUCUUCUCUGGAUCUAGGACUGCAACCAUGGGAAAUUGUGGGCAUUCUCUCCUGUGGAUUAGCUCUCUCCAGUUUUGCCUUGUCAGGGCUGUAUUGUACACAUCAAGAUAUAUCGCCUGAAUAUGCAAGUAUACUUUUGGUAUGGCAUUACAAACACUGUCGGAGCAGUGCCUGGAAUUGUUGGUGUUGCCCUUACUGGUUUUCUUCUCGAUUCAACUCAUUCAUGGGGUUUGUCCUUGUUUGCACCGUCCAUAUUCUUCUACUUGACUGGUACGAUUGUCUGGUUGGCUUUUGCCAGCAGUAAGCCUCAAAACUUUUCAGAGAGUGAUUGACCUUGUUUCUGCGCUUUACAUGCUCUUUUUUAUCCAAUUGAAGCAUCCCAACUGAUAUACAGUGUUCAAGGUAUCCCUUUCAACCGCGCAUAUGUACAAGUCAACCGCGUUCGAUGUUUAUAGUUGGUAGUUCUUCAUAUACCUACGUAGGAAAUACACACGUAUGAUUAAAACUGCACUUUUCUUGAAAUAAUCUGUAAAUCCAGGCAACAGUUUUGGUCAAAUA